AUGCAGGACCCUGUUCAAAAGCAGAUCAGCAAGUUCGUCGAGAUUUUGAGACCAAAAGAAGGCAUGAUGAAGCUUGUGAAGGAUAAGAUUUUGGGAGUCAACGAAAUGCAAUGCUUCGUCAAAUCGCCUGGAUCGAGAACUCCUGCCCAUCAAGAUAAUCAAUUGGUCGCAUCCGUGAACUUGAACAUGGGACCAGGUGAAUGCGUCUGGAUAUGUGUAUCGAUGAUCUACGCUGCCAUACUGGAAAAACUGAUGAAUAAAAAAAAGAAUCAGCCCCUACCAUACAAAGCCAAUGGUUAUUGUGUCAAUGCCGCAUGGAACGUGGCGGAGAUGUGCCCGGUUCAACUCGCCGCGGUAGCAUACACCCACGAUAACAAUGUGGAGCUUCAAUAUGGCACUUUGCUCCCGAUGAUUUACGACGUUUUGUUGGAAAUCGCCCAGCAGGAAGGACACCCGGAGCUGAAAAACCUUGCGUCUGGGAAUGGAACUACUGCGAAGAUGUUCAAGGAAAAACAGCAGUCUACUACAGAAAGACGAGAGAAGAUCUCGAGAAGAUUUUCGACAAUUGCAAACUUCUGA